ACAAAACCACCACCUGUCCUUCUCUCUCUCUCUCUCUCUCUGAUUCUCCUUUGAUUUACCCGAGAAAAAAAUCUAGCAUCUUGGAAUCCUCGCUUCACUGUCACAUACUCACACGUAUCUAUACAUACAUAUAUAAAUACUUGUUCAUAUGGAUCGGAGGAGGACGGGGAGCCCGGUCUACUCGCGGCAGUGGAGUGGUGGUUCUAGCAGCACGGGAUCGUCCUCGCCAGCGAUGUCUCCGGCUCACCCUAGCUCGCGGCUUGGGACAGGUAUGUCCACCAUCAAGCGCACUCAAAACGUUGCCGCAAAGGCCGCGGCACAGCGGCUUGCUCGAGUCAUGGCGUCGCAGACCGCCGAUGAUGAUGAGGAUGAUGACGAUCUAGGGUUUCGAUUCAGCGCACCGCCGCCCCCUGCUCCGUCGAGUUUCAGCACCAGUCUUAAUCACAGUGCAAGCAAUAAUGUUUCGCCAGCUAUUUCGGUAGCUAGACCUAAUAGAUCUCCUUCUCCUGCGUUAGGUCGAAACUUUGCAGAGCAUGUUCCUUCUGUGCGCUCCACAUCUGCUGGAAGGCCAUCAAUGUCUGUUCGUACAGCGACAUUGGUACCACCAAGUAAACCUUCAUUGAGAACUCCCAUUUCUAUACCUCCCGUUGAGCCUCCUAGUAGGAAUAAAGAAAAAAGGUUUACUUCAGAUGUGGGACAAAUCAAAACGAAAGAUGCAGGUGAUCAGCGUGAAGCUUCAGCACUUCGUGAUGAGCUUGAUAUGUUACAAGAAGAGAAUGAAGUUAUACUUGACAAGCUUCGUCGUGCAGAAGAAAGACGGGAGGAGGCAGAAGCUAGAGCUAGGGAGCUUGAGAAACAGGUUGCUGCACUUGGAGAAGGUGUGUCCCUAGAAGCUAAACUGUUGAGCAGGAAGGAAGCAGCACUGCGUCAAAGAGAGGCUGCGCUUAAGGCUGCAAAACAAACUAAAGAUGGGAGAGAUGAAGAAAUUGCAGCCCUUCGCACCGAACUUGAGAGCUUGAAAGGAGGAGCUGCUGCAGCUGUGGAACAGUUCCAAGAAGCAGAAGCUGAAGCUAAAGCUCUUCGCACAAUGACACAGAGAAUGAUUUUGACUCAGGAAGAGAUGGAGGAAGUUGUCUUGAAGAGAUGUUGGCUUGCUCGCUACUGGGGCUUAGCUGUAAAGCUUGGCAUUUGUGCUGAUGUGGCUGUAGCAAAGCAUGAGCAUUGGUCUGCUCUAGCUCCUCUUCCAUUUGAAGUUGUCAUUUCUGCUGGACAAAAGGCUAAGGAGGAGUCUUUGGACACAGGUGGUGAUGAUCCAGAUAGGAGUAAACCUGCUCGUGAUAUGAGUUACCUAACAGGAGAAGGAAAUAUUGAGAGUAUGCUUUCAGUUGAAAUGGGAUUAAGGGAAUUGGCUUCUUUAAAGGUUGAAGAUGCUGUCAUGCUUGCAUUGGCCCUGCACAGACGACCAAAUUUGAGAUCAGCACUUGAUCCCAAGUUUACAGAGGCCAUUGAAUUGAGUGAUGAGGAGGCAGAAGAUGUUAUCUUCAAAGAGGCAUGGCUUACAUAUUUCUGGAGAAGAGCCAAAGUGCAUGGUGUGGAAGAGGAUAUUGCAGAAGAGCGGCUUCAGUUUUGGAUCGGGCGCAGCGGGCAGUCACCAACUUCACAUGAUGCUGUGGAUGAAAGUCGGGGAUCUUGGAGAGAGAGAGGGAGCUUACUUUUGAAAUAAAAUGUUCUCAGCUAUGUCAUGACCUGUCAGAUCAUGGUUCUCAUCUCAUAUGCUUGACAUUGUUAUCUUCUCCUGGAUGUUAUUCAGAUCAGUGGGAAAGGAAAGGAAAAAAGGAAAAAAAAAAGAAAAAAAAAAAGAUAUGUUACCAUCGUAUGUUUCAAUCUCUUAUAUCAAUGCUUAUGUUGACAAAAAUAAUUUUGGAAAUGGAUGCUUUAUAUUGAAUGUCUUAUGAGCCUGUAGGUCUAGGCUUAAGAACUAAGGGCAUGUUUGGUUCAUUUUGUAAAUGGAAUGUGAAUAGAAAUGAAUGCUACUGAAUUCUUAGUUUUGUCUCUUCCCCAGAGACGCAGUUAC